AUGACUUACAUAUACAACCAUAUACCCGGAAUUAUCACUGGGUUUGAACAUACAGGCAGCUUUAGCGACCUGAGGCUAGAUCUAGACUUCGCAUGCUACAUAUUGUCCUGGAGAAACAUUGGUCCUUGUUAUUGGCCUACAAAAGUAUCUAUGGAUGGCUUUUGGCCUCUCCAGAAAGAGCCCUUGGGAUAUAUUGGCAUGAACGGUCAUAGCGGACCACUCAUCAAGGCUUCUGGAAGAGCUGAGUAUGAGGUCUUGGUACCCAUCUAUGGUCUUACUGUGCGAGACCUCGUUACCUCAGUUUUGUUUUGGACACUGACCACAGCAGUGGAUAGGAAGUUCAUCGCCAAACUGGCACCGUGGCCUUAUGGUCAUUACAACGAGGCUGUUUUUGAUGGCCUGGAUGAUAUCAUAGAUGCAAGUGAGACUGGCGACGACGAGUCGGCAGCGAUCACAAGGGUUAAGGGCAAGGCUACCGCACAGUGCGUUGGCAACACAGCCGGAUUAGUGAAGGAUGGUCGAAUGUGGAAUGAGACCGAGAAACGUUGGAACGGACCAACGGUAAGAAUACAACGUGCGGGAAUCCGCAGUCAGGGGAAACAGAAAGAGGAAAGCCACAUUGGUGGCACGAGUCAGACCGAGUCAGAGGUGCGGGACCACAUUGGUGGUCGAAUCAAGAGAGGAACCUCCAGUGCAAUAGGUUCAGCACUGGUACCUGCCAGAAUCACACCUGUAUCACCACCGGCCCAAGCGACUGCACAGACACCUAUUCAAUCAUCAGCUCCAGUACCAGCGAUACCGCCGUCACAGACUCCGACGUAUGAGGAUUUCAUCAAUGUAGACGAGUUACUGCUCCCUCAGACCAUCCAUUUAUCAGAGGACUUGCGCUGGACAGAGCACAGUUCAUCAGGUGAUAAUUCACGCUGGUGCUAUGGCAAUGCCAUGAGGGUGGUUAAGUUAUGGCCAUAUCGACAUCAAUUCAUCACGCAGUGCUUCUUGGAGGCUAUGUUGCGUAUUGGCUUAUCUUACCAGGACUGUCAAAUUAUUGAUUUGGAGUUUACGACAGGAGUGAGAUUCCAUUGGCAUCAUCUGCAUGGCACAUUUGACCACACACCAAAUUUGAGUCUUUCAGAUCUUAGGAAAGUGAUAGGCCACUGUCUGAAGCCCUCCAAGGGUCUGGGCUUCUGUCUUAACAUUGAUGAAGGGCAAACAAGGAUUGCGAGGAUGACAGCUGUGCUUGAUCAAGCAGCAGUUCAGCUCGAUCAAGGACAAGACCAAAUGCUAGUGGCCUUUGAUUUCUACGAAUACUGUCAGAAAGCACUCAAUCGCAAUCUCAACAGGACAGGUGAUGCAGCUGUGAUUAAGCUUUAUCGUAGAAUUGGGUGCCUGCAUGGUCCUCCUCUGAUGGAGAUUCAAGAGGUUGGACAUGAUCUGGGAUACGUCAGGACAACUAAGACCCUUGACUUUUUGAAAAGCUUUCUGAUCUCAAACUCCCCUUCACUUUCCGUGGCCACUUGCUCACACUUAGCACUAGUUCUCAAGUUACUUGAAAUCCUAGAACUGAGGUGUCAUGGUGGACAAUCUUUGUAUGUUUCUCUUUGUCGGCUCCUGGUAGACAACAAGCCAUUGACCAUACCCUUCCACACUUCCAACUGUAGAAUGAAUGGACAACGUCACCCGUUCAAUACCGUGGUAAUAUUUUGUCUUACUUCAAGUCGUGUGAUCACUUGGAUUUUUCAUUGGUUCUUUGCACUCGCCAAUGUUACUUUCACAGGGGGAAGAGGGUCUCUUCACGACCUAUUUCGCAUCCCCCCGAUGGUUCUUCCCCAGGAGGGAGCAGGUACAGCAUGGGUAUGGUUCUCUGCACUCGUCAAUGAUACUUUCGCAGGGGGAAGAGAGUCUCUUCGCGACCUAUUUGCAAUGAUUCUUCCCCAAGAGGGCAAGCAGGGGGAAGAGUCUAUUCACAUCCCCCUGAUGAUUCUUUCCCAGGAGGACGAGCAGGCAGGGGGAGAGUACUGCGAGAAGGGGGAUAGUCUCUGUCCAGCGGUUGUGCCAGCACCAGCGGUGGGAGUGUUAGCAGGAGCAACAACGGGCAAGACGGUAGGAGUGUUAGCGGGAGCAACAACAGGGCAAGACAGUAGGAGUGUUAGCGGGAGCAACAAUGAGCAAGACGGUAGGAGCGGAUGCGAUGGUAUUAGACUACACGAUGAUGAGUUGAUGAUUUACGCUACAUUAGUUACAUACCCUCGCCCAAAAAAAAGACAAGAACAGUUUUCUGCCGACCAAUACCUACACUUCACAAAUUUCUGUCAGCUCUGCAAAUCCAAGAUUUCAACAUCAAUUUGCGGUAACUUUCAGCAAGACUGCAAUGCCAUCAAGCUUGAGCUUCCCACCUGGGUGAGGUCAUUCAAGUUUACUACCGCCUGCAGGAGACUGGGUCCCAUGGCAAGUGCCGUUUAG